CACGCUUUCCAGUAGUCGUUUGGCUAAAGCCCAAGUUUUCUACGAAAACCACCCAUCAAAUACACAAAUACAAUUAUAAUAUCCAUACACUCUACUACACAUUUCUUCCCUUCCUUCUUUGUUUCUUUCUUUCUUGAUGCUCCAAGAGCUCAAUAGAUCAAAACAAAAACACAUGCAAUAUAAAUCAAUUAUAAUAUCUCACAAACUCUGCUUAAUUAAUUCCCUCCCUUUGUUACAAUCGAGCACUUUGGUGGUGGUGUUGCCACAACUUUCAUCUUUUAACUUGAAGGAAUUAGUUAUUACAUGCAUGCAAGAAUAUGACCCGUAAAUAUAAAAAAAUAAAAAAUGAACAUGCAUAAGGAGAGUCCUCUUAUCAAACUCCACAGUUUCGACCAAGGCCAUGCAUGGCUGGCUCUAUUGCACCUUCUCAUUCACGUCUCACCGGCAGUAACCGGUCAACCGGUAACCCCGCCGGUGCAACCCGACAGCAACAAAUCCAUGGUCACAAUCAUGGCCAUUUUGGCCAUCAUGUUUCUCAUCUUAGUCUUCCUCUCCAUUUACUCCCGCAAGUGCUACGACCGGCAGGCCCCGACACGUGGCAUCCUCGACCGCGCGGACCCCACCGGCGCAGCCGGUAACCCGUCGCAAGCUGAAUCCAAUGGCCUCAACCAAGCCACAAUAGAAACGUUCCCAAGUUUCCUCUACGGCGACGUGAAGGGUCUGAAAAUCGGAAAAGACACGCUUGCAUGCGCGGUUUGCUUGAACGAGUUCGAAGACGACGAGACCCUCCGCAUGAUCCCCAAAUGCUGCCACGUGUACCACCGCUAUUGCAUUGAUGAGUGGUUAGGUUCUCACUCCACGUGCCCGGUGUGUCGCGCCAACCUCGUUCCACAACCAGAAGACGUAAACAUCAACACGAAUAUCCCUUCAAUCCUGUCAAUUCAGAUACCCGAUGAACACGAACAUGAAUAUGAAUACGAGACUGUUGUUGUUGGUGAGGAACAUAAGAGAGGUAAUGACGUGGAAUCACCGAAGGUGGAUUUGCUUCGGAGGAUUCGCUCGUUGAAUCAUCAGAGCCGUCCAUCGAGGUCGAGGUCGACGGGGUUCUUGUCUUCGCUUUUGUUUUCGAGAUCAAACUCGUUGGGGCAAAUGCAAUUGGCGCAUAAUGCCGCUGGAGAGAAUUAUGAGAGGUUUACGCUAAGGUUACCCGAGGAGGUACGGAGCCAGAUGAUGCUGCAGCGUGCGAAUAGCUGCGUGUGCUUUACGAGGAUGAGCAGUGGCACGUGGGGGUAUAGGACGACGAGAAGCGCGGGGAGAGGGUGUGUACAGUACGAGAGAUUUGGUGGUGGUGAUGAUGAACGGUGGGGUUUCACUUUGACUCCACCGAGUCUCAUUAGGAACGGUUGGAAUAAUAAUAGAUCAACGAGAAAAUCACAGCGUUCGGGUCUGGUGUUGGAUAAUAAUAAUGCUGAUGAGAAAUCCUCUGAAUUCUUGCCUCUUGGGUAGCUCCUAAGUGAUUAUACUCUCACUUCUUUUCCGCUGGUCUUAUUCGACUUGACCACAACAAAAAUAUCUCGUGUUGAAGAUAAUCCUAGUUUCAUACCCAAAAAACUUAAAAGUUGGAGAAUUUGAUGAUUAUUCCGGCAUGUGUUUGAUGAGUAGAGAAUAAUAGCCAGGCAAUAAUUGUUAUGUUUAUUAUCUGUAUACUUAUAUCUAGAUUAUCAGCCGUAGUUUUUAUUAUUUGUGUAAUAGAUAUAUCAUAUAUGUUUA